CCAGGCACCAAAAUGUUCUUUACCUGUGGCCCCAAUGAGGCCAUGGUUGUCUCAGGAUUCUGCCGCAGCCCCCCGGUCAUGAUAGCGGGAGGCCGGGUGUUUGUGAUGCCCUGUAUCCAGCAGAUUCAGAGGAUUUCACUGAAUACUCUGACGCUCAAUGUGAAGAGUGAAAAGGUUUACACUCGGCAUGGUGUCCCCAUCUCUGUCACCGGCAUCGCCCAGGUGAAGAUCCAGGGGCAGAACAAGGAGAUGCUGUCUGCCGCUUGCCAGAUGUUCCUGGGCAAGGAAGAGCCUGAGAUUGCCCAGAUUGCCCUGGAGACGCUGGAAGGGCAUCAGAGAGCCAUCAUGGCCCAUAUGACCGUAGAGGAAAUUUACAAAGACCGGCAAAAGUUCUCGGAGCAAGUCUUCAAAGUUGCUUCCUCUGAUCUGGUCAACAUGGGGAUCAGCGUGGUCAGCUACACUCUCAAAGACAUCCAUGACGAUCAGGAUUAUCUUCACUCUCUGGGGAAAGCCCGAACUGCCCAGGUUCAGAAGGAUGCCCGGAUUGGAGAAGCUGAAGCCAAGAGAGACGCUGGCAUCAGGGAAGCGAAGGCCAAGCAAGAGAAGUUGUCUGCUCAGUACCUGAGCGAAAUCGAAAUGGCCAAGGCCCAGCGGGAUUACGAGCUGAAGAAAGCGUCCUAUGAUAUCGAGGUGAACACAAGGAAAGCCGAAUCUGACUUGGCAUAUCAACUCCAGGUAGCCAAAACGAAGCAGAAGAUUGAGGAGCAGAAGAUGCAGGUGCUGGUGGUGGAGCGGUCCCAGCAGAUUCAAAUCCAGGAGCAAGAGAUCAUCUGCAAGGAGAGGGAACUGGAGUCCAAAGUCAAGAAACCCGCAGAGGCCGAGCGCUUCCGGCUGGAGAAACUGGCUGAAGCUGAAAGGUCCCAGCUGAUCAUGCAGGCCGAGGCUGAGGCAGAGUCGGUCAAGGUGAAGGGCGAGGCUCGGGCCUACGCUAUCGAGGCCAAAGCCCGGGCUGACGCCGAGCAGAUGGCCAAGAAGGCAGAGGCCUUUCAGCAGUACCAAGAGGCAGCCAUGGUCGACAUGCUUCUGGAGAAGAUUCCGGAGAUGGCUGAAGAGAUCAGCAAGCCCUUGACCUCAGUGAAGAAGAUCAAGAUAGUGUCUAGUGGGAGCGGAGACAUGGGGGCUUCCAAGAUCACUGGGGAGGUCAUAGACAUCAUGAACAAACUGCCCGACACCAUUGAGAAACUCACCGGCAUUAGCAUCUCUCAGCAGAUAAACCAGAAGAAGCCAGGACGAAUGAACUAAAUGCUGAAGAUGUGGGGGUGCGGGUGGGAUCCUUUGUGAGCAUGAACUCCCAUGAUCCUAGUCUGUAUGUGUUCAUAUAUAGAGUCUUUCCCAUCAGGAGACCCACCCACCCUCCCAGAGAUCGCCAUACCUUUAUGGACUGAACUGUUGCAUGUUGGCCAACAAUCCUCAACACCGCUGAGGUCUCGUGCACCCGUUGUGUCCCUAUGA